AUGGCGACCCUCAACUGCAUCCUUAACUCUCAGGAGAGUUCUGAUGACAUCCGCAAGAGGCAGGAGGCUCUCGACUCCCAUCAAUACUCUACGAAUGGCAUUCUGCGAUAUGAAUUCGUCUUUGGGCGCGGAUACGUCUCCUCAGGGGGCGGCAACACCACUGCAGAAAUCCUCGAGCAGAUCACAAUGCCCAAGGGAGGCAGAGCAAUCGAAAUCCUCGAGCAGAUCACAAUGCCCAAGGGAGGCAGAGCAAUCGAUGUGGGUUGCGGCAUCGGCGGCAGCACAGUUGCGCUGGCGGAUAGAUUCAAUGCGACUGUAUUGGGUGUGGAUUUGUCUAUGAAUAUGAUAUCUAUAGCGCGUGAUAGAUACAGCGAGAGAGAAGAUAUACAUUUUCUCGUUGCUGAUGCUCUGACUAUCCCUAUUCUUCCUUCUUCUUUAGACCUUGUAUACAGCAGAGACACGCUGCUGCAUUUCAAUACUGACGAAAAAAGACUCCUCCUAAAGAAAGCUUUCAGUUGGCUUAAACCAGGCGGACAGCUGGUGAUAACGGACUACUGCUGCGGGCCUCAAGAGCUAUGGGAUGAAGAGUUUAAAGCUUAUCUGAAAGAUAGAAACUAUAAACUAGUGCAGCUUGAGGUGUACAGACAGCUGCUGGUAGAUGCUGGCUUCAAUGUUGUUAAGGCCGUAAACCACACAGAAAGGUAA